AGAGAGCGGAGGAUGCGGCUCGGGCUGUGGAAAUGUUGAAGCAGCAGGAGCAGGAGGCUCAGCGGCAGAGACUGGCGGAGCUGCAGCAGCGGCAGCGUGAGCAGGAGCAGUUCAGCGCCUUCGAGGAGAUGAUCCGCCGCCAGGAGCUGGAGAAAGAGCGCCGGCGCAUCGUGCAGGAGUUCAGCAUCCCAGUGUCUCCCACUGCUCCAGAUGUACUGCUGCCGGAUGUACACGGACCCCCACAGGCCUCACUCUCACCCCAGACACCCCCUGCAGGAGCCACUAACCAUGAAGGCCUGCCGGCGUUUGACCGCUCGCUCAAGCCCAGUGUCCCAGUCAGUGCAGGACACAGUGCGUUGGUUAAUGGCUUACGACAGCUCUUUGUGCCUGCUGAGCUUUGCCAAAGGUUUCUAAAGCUGGCAGAAACGAACACUGCUAGGGCGGUGGAGACCUGCGGGAUCCUCUGCGGAAAACUGAUGAAGAACGCCUUCACCGUGACCCACGUGAUCGUGCCCAAGCAGUGUGGAGGACCAGAUUACUGUGACACGGAGAACGAGGAGGAACUUUUCCUGAUCCAGGAUCAGAAUGAUCUCAUUACGCUAGGGUGGAUUCAUACGCACCCGACGCAGACGGCCUUUCUGUCCAGUGUGGAUCUGCACACACACUGCUCCUAUCAGAUGAUGCUUCCAGAGUCCAUAGCCAUCGUCUGCUCGCCCAAAUUCAAUGAGACGGGCUACUUCCGCCUGACUGAUUAUGGGAUGGACGAUGUCGGUACCUGCAAACAGAGAGGAUUCCACCCUCAUCCGAAGGACCCGCCGCUCUUCGCUGCUAGUCAUCACGUCAGCAUCACAGACGGCAGCGUGACCAUGCUGGACCUGCGGUGAUGUCAUCGCUGCUGCUGCUUCAAACACGUGCCUUUGCUCUCGAUCUUACAGCGACAGAUAAACUUGCCAAGAAGCUCCUAACUGGCCGGAAACGUCCCUGCGCUGCACACCGGGCCUCUGUUAUCGUGUCUUACAAGUCUGUAUUUAUACCUUUAAUUCUGAAACAUAUCCAGAUGUGACCAAUAAGAGCCUAACGAUGAGCUGUGUGUCAUUGCAGAGCAUAACGGAGACAUGCAUGCAAAGGCUUCAGCUUUUAUUUGAAUUUGUAGACACACUUCAGCUAUAAGCAAACCUUUCAGUAUUCUUUAAAAAAUGUCAAAUUAAAGCUUUGUUUUCCAAUGCAAAUAUGUAAACAUUCUUAAAUUAAUCAAGCAGAAGUUUUGCUUUCAUAGAAAUGCAUCAGAAUGAACUGUUUUAAACCUAAACGCCGGAAAUCCAUCGGUUUUUUGCUCAUUUUAAGCAUAAAUGUGCUUAAAAUUGAUAUAUUUAUUGAUAUCUUCAUUCAUUUGCUAGCCGUGGUUUAAGGAUUUUUACAGAUUUGUACUGUAAAGCAUGACGGCAAUAGUAAUACUAUAAUAUUUUGCAUUGUUGUCGUUUGCCGUUCCAUAUUGAAGCUCUUUGAAAGACUGAAGGUUUAGCCGUGCACUUAACUCUGUUCUGUUUUAUUUAAAUAUUCUGAUAUUUUCCUUAGCUGUGCCUCUGUUAGAGAUGUUUCAGAUCUCCUUGUUGAUUAAACAGACCCUCCUCUGGCAUCAGUUUCAGACAGACUGCCUUUUGUUUUCAGCAUGUGACCGUGCUUCUAGGAAUAGCUUCUUUAAUACGUGACUGACUGUAAACCGGAUGACAAAUCAUCAUAUGGGGGAAAACGGUCAUUCUCAUGUUCGUUCAGCCAAAUUGUUGCUUAUUUAUUUUGUAUGUCGUUGUGUAGUGAUGAGGUUUAUUUAUGUAACUUCAACUCUUUGCAUAACUUAGUCAAAUCUAAGCAUAUCAUCAUUAUCUGUUCAGGCAAGACACUAAAAGCACUGUUUUUGGCCUA